UUGCUAACCCAAACCCUUAUCCUAACCUCAGCAAAACCCUAACCCUAACCCUAAAACACAAAAAAGCCCCCAAAAAUGUGUUGGUUUACCUUGGGGAAACCUACUUUUUGAGUAUGCAUACUUACAUAGUAAAAACAAUAUUCAUGUGUUGAAAAGCAUGUUUAAAAAUAGCAGAAGAGUUAAUGUGUUUAAUGGCACGUAGCCAGCAACUGACAAUCUAAAGGAUAUUAGUGGACACCCUACAUCAGUUUCUCCCCUCUCAGUGCCUGUCCACCUCAAUCAUCCUGUCCACUACUUGAGUAAGAGAGACGGAGACAGAGAGAAAGAGAGAGUGUAUGUUUUUGUUCUGGGGUAGAAAGGCGUUCUCCUGCCUCAGGAUGUUGCCUUUAAAGCUGAAGAAGUGGGUUUCCUGUGGAGGAAACGAUCACAGAAUAGACAAGGCUUGGUCGAGACACCGUGUUCCCAACAUUUUUUGAGUAUAGGUCACCCAGCUGCAAAGCAGGCAGCACGCUUUUGUGGAACAAAGUCGAUCUCAUCGCCUUGAGAGGUGUUUGUUUCCCCCGAUGGAUCCUGGAUGCUUUGAAGACUGGUUGACUGACAGCACGAAAUCUGAGCCUGACCUUUUCCACAGGAGAAUGCAUUUAUGAAUAUUACACAAUGGACAAAUGACAAGUGGAUGCAUCAAACUGAUAACAACAGAGACUUUUCUUUUGCUUGCUCUUGCUGUGAAUGAAUGGGUAUUUCUAUACCAACUCAUCAUCCUGCAAGUAUGUCUGAGUAAGGUCACCUCUAGUUUCCCAUGUCAGGUGCUUGACCAGUAGAGACAUGUCCAAUGACAGCUGCAACCUCCCCUUGAACACGGAUACAUUUGGCCUGACCUGUAUCUAUGGCCUGAUCUUCUCUUUGGGUCUCCCCAGCAACCUGCUGUCUCUCUGGGGACUGUACCACCUGGGCCGCUCAGGUGGGGGAGGAUGCCAGCUGGUCUACAUCCUCAACCUCCUGCUGUCAGACCUCCUCCAGCUGCUCACCCUACCACUAUGGAUCCUUUAUCUCCAAGGUGCGCACCGCUGGCCCUAUGGCCAGCUAACCUGCGAGCUGGUGGGGUAUGUGUUUUACGUAAACGUCUAUGCCAGCGUCAUGUUCCUGUGCCUGAUAGCGCUGGACCGCUGCCUGGCCAUCGUGUACCCGCUGAGCAGCCGACGGGUGCGGACUGUCAGGGUGGCAGCGGUGUCCAGUGUGGCAGUUUGGACCCUCACCUUCCUGUUCUGCCUUAGUGGGCUGCUGCCAUCAGUGUUUGACUCUGACAGACUGCUGUGUCUGGAGCAGUACCCUGUCAGCCCCGGAUACGCCCACUUCAAGAUCACCACUGUGGCUCUCGGCUUUCUGCUGCCAUGUGCCAUAUUAGGCUACACUUCAGCCCACAUUGGGGUGACACUUAGACGAUCUCCUUCCCUCUCUGACCAUGAGCGGCACAAAAUCGUGGGCAUCCUAGUCGUGAUCACCGUCAACUUCAUCGUUGUGUUUGGACCAUAUCACCUUGUGGGCGGAUACAGAUUUGUGUCCUUGCUGCUGACUGAUGAGCCAUGUGGAUUGGAGCGUUCCAUUUUCCUCAUCUAUCGCCUGUGUUACGGUCUGACCAGCCUCAACACCCUGCUGGAUCCCCUCUUCUACAUCUUCCUGUGCCCUGAUGCUCGGCUAGAGCUGCAAAGGUCUCUGCCCUGUUUGGGAAGGGGGCAAAACACCCGCAAAAAGAUCAACCUCAGAACCCGAGCUCCCUCAGACAACCAGAGGGAGAGUGAAACUGGACAUAAUAAUCUUCUAGCAAUAUAACCUGGAUUUGACCAUGGAUCUGACUCCUGGUAUUUAGUCAAGGCAACUGUGCCACCCAGUGGAAAUGCAUAUGUACAGUUUUUGUGUACUGUGAGGUUCAGCUGAGUGAAUACAUUAAUUUGCCUCAAAGUGCAAAGACUUAAACUGUUCCUUACAUAAACUCAACACUAUAUAAUUGAGUAUAUGGAAAUACAAUGUUUCAUAUUUGUCAAAAAUCCACUCUUUUGUGAUACUCAUAUCCAUACCCGUUGUAGCCUCAAACUAGACAUAUACAGCCAAAUGAAAUACAAUUAAUCUGAUUCAUCUAUUUACCAGAUUUGUUUGUUUUGAAGAGUCUCACCGGUGUAUGGAAAUCAACUAUUGUGGACAUUUCACAAUACAUUUUUUUUACUGCUA